AUGCCAGUCGCACGCCCAAAUGCGCGGUCCUCCGGGGACGCGCCGGUUGCUGCGGACCGUCCGCCCAGCAGCGACGUCGAGGUUGUCACAGACCGCUUGGAGACUCCCUCUCUCGACGACCGGUCCUAUCGGGUCAUCCGCCUGCCCAACCAGCUCGAGGCCCUCUUGGUCCACGACCCAAAGACGGACAAGGCCAGCGCUGCCAUGGAUGUCAAUGUCGGAAGCUUUAGCGAUGAGGACAGCAUGCCGGGAAUGGCUCACGCGGUAGAGCAUCUUCUGUUCAUGGGCAACAAGAAAUAUCCAGCAGAAAACGCCUACCACCAAUACAUUUCGGCUCAUUCUGGGCUGACCAACGCCUAUACCGCGGCGACAUCCACAAAUUACCAUUUCGAGGUUUCUGCGAAGCCGACUAAUGGCGAGGAGCCAUCCGCUACCAAUCCGUCGCCGCUGCUAGGGGCAUUGGACCGCUUUGCCCAGUUCUUCAUUGAGCCUCUGUUCCUUGCUAACACCUUGGACCGCGAGCUCCGAGCGGUUGACUCGGAAAACAAGAAGAAUUUGCAGAGCGAUCAGUGGCGCCUGCAUCAGCUCAAGAAGACAUUGUCGAACCCCAAGCAUCCGUUUUGCCAUUUCUCCACUGGGAACCUGGCAACACUCAAGACGAUUCCCGAGGCUAAGGGGAUCAAUGUCCGGGACAAGUUCAUCGAGUUUUACGAGAAGUACUAUUCAGCCAACCGCAUGAAGCUAUGCGUCCUUGGUAGAGAGCCCUUGGAUGUCUUGCAGUCCUGGGUCGUCGAGCACUUCUCAUCCGUCAGAAACCAGAACCUGCCGCCUAACAGGUGGGAGGAUGAGGUUCCUUUUACCAAAGACGAGCUAGGCAUUCAGAUCUUCGCCAAGCCGGUAAUGGACACACGGGAGCUUAGUCUCAUCUUCCCCUUCGUAGAACAAGAUCACCUCUACGAGUCGCAACCUAGUCGGUAUAUUAGCCAUCUCAUCGGCCACGAAGGGCCGGGAAGCAUAAUGGCAUAUAUCAAGUCGAAAGGCUGGGCUAAUGGCCUCUAUGCCGGUGCUUGGCCAGUGAGCCCCGGUACCCCAGACAUCUUUGAAUGCCAAAUCACGUUAACAGAAGAGGGACUCAAGAAUUACCAAGAGGUCGUCAAGGUGUUUUUUGAAUACAUUGCACUCUUGCGGGAAACAGAGCCCCAAGAAUGGAUAUUUGAGGAACAAAAGGGUCUGGCCGAGGUCAACUUCAAAUUUAGGGAAAAGACGCAAUCCUACCGCUUCACAAGCAAGCUCAGCGCGUUUAUGCACAAACCACUGCCUCGCGAGUAUCUGCUGAGCGGAUACAGCCUGUUGCGCAAGUUUGACCCUAAGCUGAUCAAGGAAGCGCUCGAGUGCCUGCGUCCCGAUAACUUCCGCAUGACCCUUGUCUCCCGAGACUUCCCUGGAACGUGGGAGCAGAAGGAGAGAUGGUACGGGACCGAGUAUACACGCCAACCCAUUCCGGAGGAUUUCAUGAAGGAGAUCAAGAAGGCGGCAACAAGCGCCCCCGGGGACAGAACGGCCAAACUUCAUCUUCCUCACAAGAAUCAGUUUGUGCCGACCAAGCUGGAAGUCGAGAAGAAGGAGGUUAAGGAACCGGCACCAGCACCUCGCAUCAUCCGCAAUGACCCGCUGAUCAGGACUUGGCACAAAAAGGACGACACCUUCUGGGUCCCCAAGGCUACCGUCAUCGUGAGCUGCAGGAGCCCUGCCGUAACUGCCACGGCAGCUAGUCGGGUCAAAUCGCGCCUCUUCACGGAUUUGGUAAAGGACGCCCUUGAGGAGUACUCAUAUGAUGCUGAAUUGGCUGGCCUGGAAUACACCGUUUCCCUAGACUCCCGGGGCCUGUACAUUGAGGUUUCUGGCUACAACGAUAAACUAGCUGUUCUCUUGCAGCACGUACUCAUUACAACGCGCGAUCUUGAGAUUCGCGAUGAACGGUUCGCCAUCAUCAAGGAACGAAUCACCAGAGGAUAUCGGAACUGGGAACUCUCUCCACCCUGGACCCAGAUCGGUGACUACAUGUCAUGGCUGACGAUUGACUCCGGCUAUGUUGUCGAGGAGCUCGAGGCGGAGUUGCCUCACAUCACGGCGGAUUCGGUGCGGGCGCUCCAGAGGGAUCUCCUCAGCCAGAUGCAUAUGGAAAUCUUUGUCCAUGGGAACCUGUACAAGGAGGACGCCCUGAAGUUGACAGACAUGGUCGAAUCGACGCUCAAACCGCGCGUGCUUCCACGUCAGCAAUGGCGAAUCCGUCGUGGGCUGAUUUUCCCUCCCGGCUGCAACUACAUCUGGAAGAAGACGCUCAAAGACCCGGCCAAUGUUAACCACUGCAUCCAGUACUUUCUCCAUGUUGGCGACAGGGGAGAUUACAACGUGAGGGCGAAGACGCUGCUCCUAGACCAGAUUGUUCACGAGCCAUGCUUCAAUCAACUUCGCACCAAAGAGCAGCUUGGCUACAUUGUCUACUCAGGGGCCUGGACGAGCAUCACGCAGUACGGCUUUUACUUCGUCAUUCAGAGCGAAAAGACGGCGCCGUAUUUGGAGACAAGAAUCGACGAGUUCCUCAAAUCGGUGGCGAGUAUGCUCGAGGAGAUGAGUGAGGCCGAGUUCGAGAGUAACAAGCGGAGCAUUAUCGACAAGCGUCUCGAAAGACUCAAGUAUAUGGAGCAGGAGAGCAAUAGGCAUUGGAGCCAUAUCCACAACGAGUACUAUGCCUUUGACAAUGCCCAGCAAGAUGCGGCCCACAUAAAGCCGCUCACCAAGGAGACUAUGAUAGAGUUCUUCAACCACUACAUUCACCCGUGCUCACCGGCCCGGGCAAAGAUAGCCGUGUAUCUGGAGGCGCAGGCGAAGAGUGACGUGUCAACGAAGCAAAUAUCAGAAUUGAUUCAGACGCUGGAGCUGGAUACGACUGCUGCUGCUCAGGCGGCGACCGAUCUACAGACGCGACUCAGUGCGGCGGGUCAUGAUGUGGAGAAGGAAGUGGCGGGCCUCAGGGAUUAUCUUCUCCACAAUUUGCAGGUUCCCGAGGGCAAGAUCGAUACGGCGGUGGAAGCGUGGAGAAAGAUCCACGAAGAGCACGGGCCCGGGAGUGAAGUUGUCAAGGACGCGGAGCCGCCCUCGGCAAACGGGACUACGCCCGUAUUCAUCGAGGAUGUGAGACUGUUCAGGUCCAGCCUAACAGCCAAGCUGCCCAGGCAGCUCGCCUUCACCACGUCUUCCCAAAAGAAACGGAGGAUUACCCGCCAGGCGACCAGGGAGCACAACAAGCCCGACGACUUGGUGCUGCCCUCCACUGAAGACGACGCCGAUCCCACCUUCUCUUUCUCUGUAGCCUCGACGACAUCUGGCCUCUCCACACCCCCUUUCGCUCGUGCCGACUCGCUUCCCCCCUCUGGCGUUCCGCCGCGGCUGCAGACGUACAGUUCCUUCGCCGAUUCUCCCUCUUCGGCGGCAAGCUCCCCGCGUGCCGCCUCGGCCGAUUUGUCCGUCGACUACGACCGGCACGCAGACGUGGUUGCCGACUCCGCCCCGACCCCGCAGCCGUCGGAUUACGGGCCCACAGGCAACCAGUCUCCAGCUCUCCAUUCGGCUCGACGCAUUCUGAUGGGCGGUGCAGCCGAUUUCCCCCAGCGGUCCUCCUCCCCGCUCAAGCGCCGGGCAUCCAGUAUGGAACCAGAACAGGAGAAUGCAGACGCGAGGGAGGAUGUGGAUAUGAUCACGGCGCCAGAUUCCCAAGGAAGUGGAUCGGAGCAAGGAACAAGGCAACAGCAGGACGAGCAAGAGACCGCAGGCUCCGGUACCAGUGACCGGCCCGUGGCCAAUGUGGCCGAAUUGCCUCUCCGGACUGAUAUUCCUCCCGUAGACCAACAAAUCAAGACAAUCGAGGCUCUUGUCAAGGCUUUUUCAGAGACUCCUCCGAAAGAGGGCGACGAAGCCUAUCUCGUGUCUCGACAAUGGCUCAGCCGUGCGCAGGCUUGUUGCCCCGAUGCGAAGCAUGCCACCAAGGGAAACGUGGAAGGAUCUCCAGGCCCUGUCGAUAACUCAGACAUCAUACAGGCAAUAUUUACCGACUCCAAUGGCACCCUUUGCGUCAAGUUAAAGCCGGGUAUGGGCACCGAGAACUUCGAGCUGUUUCCCAAGGAUGCAUGGGAUCUUCUCAUGUCAUGGUACGGCUUGGCCCCUGGACAAACGCCCAUUGUUCGAUUCGCCCACAACACGGCGCCCGAUUCCGUGAGCGUCCCGACUAUUCAGUUCGAGUUCCACCCGCCUGUCUUUACAAUUCACCGCCUGUGGUCCGCGACAAGCCCAAUUCCCAUACACCAGGAGCUCAAGCUGAAAAACCCUCCCCCUCCAGUGGUUUUCCAGAGCACUUCGUUCAGCUACCAUAACUUCCUGAAGCAGGUGAAAGCGCUCACUGACGUGUCCCUCGACCGGAAAGUACGGGUUUGGAGACUCUUACAAACUAUCCCUGCCACGGAGAGCCCCUCUGAACCCCCCGGGAUGAAGACCCCACCUGAUUCACCGGGACGCACCCCUGAUAUCCCCAAUCGUCCGCCCGCUUCGCCGGGAGCUUGGCCGGCAAUGCUUGUCGACGUGGAGACUUUCCUGAAGCUCGAAAGGGAUGUUGAGCGCGGUCUGGUUGAGGCAGAGGACACGACCACCAACCCAAACUACAACGGGCGGAAGAGUUUGUCAUUGGUAGGCCUCGCCGUCGAUCAGACACUUGUUCUUGACGAACAGGUUGAUCGCGAUUCAUAUGUUUCUACUUUCAAGGGUAGCAGCAUGAAAGACAGGGCGAUAGCAACGAGGGGUAGCUCCAGCAGCCUCCCGGCCUUGGCCCGCGGGACCGCGAGCGGGCGCAACAGCCCAUCGCCGCUGGGCCCUCAGACCCGGGGCCGCAUGCAACAAAAGUCGGGGCGUACGAUCGGCUGUGUGGGCUUACAGAACUUGGGCAACACGUGCUACAUGAACUCUGCCCUUCACUGCGUGAGGAGUGUCGAGGAGUUGACAAAGUACUUCUUGACCCAUGAAGCCCAGAAGGAAAUCAAUCCGGACAAUCCCCUUUCGCACAAUGGCGAUGUUGCCGUAGCUUAUGGCCGCUUGCUGGAAGAGAUAUACAAGGAUCCUGCUCCAAGCUCACUGGCACCACGUCAUUUCAAGAGCAUCAUCGGGCGCUACGCGCCAGCAUUCUCUGGAUACGGGCAGCAGGACUCUCAGGAGUUCGUCGGCUUCUUGCUCGACGGUCUCCAGGAGGACCUGAACCGCAUCAAGAAGAAGCCAUACAUCGAGAAGCCCGACUCCACAGACGACAUGAUCAACAAUCCCGCAGCAAUCCGGGAGAUGGCUGCAAAAGUCUGGGAUAUCACAAAGAAGAGGGAUGACUCGGUCAUUGCAGACCUCUUUACUGGCAUGUAUAAGUCAACACUUGUCUGCCCCGUGUGUGACAAAGUUAGCAUCACCUUCGACCCCUUCAACAACCUCACCCUGCCGCUCCCGGUAGCCAAUGUGUGGUCGAGGCCGGUCAAGUUCUACCCCCUGAAUGCUCCUCCCGUCGAGAUCGUGGUCGAUAUCGACAAGAAUAGCAGCAUCAAGACCAUGAAGCAAUACAUUUCCGUGCGAGUCGGGGUCCCUUUGGAGCGCCUUUAUGCGAUUGAAGAAUUUCAGGGAAAAAUUUUUAAGAUCUACGAGGAUAUGGCGACAGUCUCCGAAGAAAUCCAGGCAAGCGAUGUUCCAGCAGUGCAUGAACUCGAGGCCCCGCCUACCAACACACAAGGUGCCAAGAAAUUGAAGAAGCCGAAGUUCUUGUCACUGUCCGCCUACGACGAUGACGAGGAGUCGCCCUCUCCCCGGGAAGACCCGCUGCCGGAGCGAAUGCUUGUCCCAGUACUCCAUCGAAUGGAGCCAACCGGCCGGAGGCGAUAUGGGCAGAAGAAGACCUCAGACAUUGUGCCUCCGCCGCACUUCAUUGUCUUGACACCUGACGAGGCUCGUGACAUGGAGGCGAUUCGCCGAAAGAUCCUGGAGAAGGUUGCCACAUUUACAACGCUGCCAGGGCUCUCCACUGCCGACGACACGGAAGGAUCUGAGACUACGGACCCUGAGAUCAUCAACAUCGCAUCCGAUGUGGAUUCUGCGGGCGAUGCUAAAAUCAUUGCCCGGUCGGUUGAGGGCGAGGAAGACAUUGUGGAUGUUAGAAUGAGCGAUGCAACAAGUGCUCGGAAGACCACCGCUUCCGCGCCACCUGAAGCAUCAUCACCGCUGUUGAAACGGUUUAAGCAAUCGCGGCCCAAGUGGAUUAACCCACUGGUGUUCCUGGACCCAGAACUGCAGAAUAUGUUUGACAUGAGUUACUUUUCGGAGCAGGACACAGCCGUACCUACUGGGUGGCAGUCCACUUCCGAUGAAGCACCCUUGCCUAGGUUGAGCACCAGGCUCCCAAAGCCGGUUCCUUCCGACAUUGACAUGCGGAGUCCCACGCCGGGGGAUGGUUCUGACGAGAGCGGUAGCGAGGAGUCGGCACGACUACCGGCAUCUGUGGUCACUCGCAUGGUUGAAGAGUCUAGCGACGAGGAUUCGGAUUUCCCCAAAGUCAAGAUGAAGUCCUAUAGGACUUACAGUAAAAAGGGCAAGAAGCGGUUUGAGAAGCAACAGCGAGCUUUCCGUCCCAGUCAAUCGAUGGAGGUGGCCGAUAUGGAAAAUGCCCUUCCCAGCGGCGCCUUGGUCGGUCCCGGUGAGGGACUGAUGGUCGAGUGGAAUGAGGAUGCCUUUGACCGUGUCUUUGGGGGAUCGCCGUCAGACAAUGGGAUGCGGGGAAUGAAAACGUAUAAGAACCUCACGACCCUGGAGGAUCCCGCCCUCGAAGCCAAGAAGAAACAGCGGCAGAUGCGUAAGAAACACGGUAUCUCGUUGGACGACUGUCUGGACGAGUUCGAAAAGGAGGAAAUCCUCUCGGAACAGGAUACAUGGUACUGCCCCCGCUGCAAGGAGCAUCGCCGGGCCAGCAAGAAAUUCGAUCUCUGGAAGACACCAGAUAUUCUGAUCGUCCAUCUCAAACGGUUCAGCUCGAGCGGCUGGCGCAGAGACAAGCUGGAUAUACUCGUCGACUUUCCCGUCGAAGGGCUCGAUUUGACGCAGCGCGUCAUCGACAAGGAGGACGGGAAGCAGGAGGUCUACGACCUGAUUGCUGUUGACGACCAUUGGGGCGGCUUAGGCGGCGGCCAUUAUACUGCGUUUGCCAAGAAUUUCAUCGACGGCGAGUGGUACGAGUACAAUGAUACGUCGGUCCAAAAGCAAGCAGAUACCUCGAGAAUCGUGACAUCGGCCGCCUAUCUCUUGUUCUACCGACGCCGUUCCGAAGUCCCUUUGGGAGGUCCCAAAUUCCAGGAAAUCCUUGACCGUUAUAACAACCAGGCCAAUGCCGCCGACGAAGACGCGUCGGAUUUGGGGGAAGGUCAGCGUCUCGGCCAAGGCUCCUCCCGUCGUGGAUCGCCGAGCGCUUUGACCGGAGCAGGUCUAAUUCUCCCUCAAGAAAAUCGUGGUUUGGCUAGUCUCGCAGACGCCGAGCUCCCUCCGUAUCAGUUAAGCACUGCUAACGUCGGGGAGGCCGACGAUGAAGCAGAGUUGGGCGGUCCCUUGUCGUGGAGCACCCAUGAAACCUUGCGCAACAGCAUCGAAGGCGACGGCGAAGACGAGGGAAUCGGUCUCGGCGAGUACGACAGUGCCGGUAUGGCUGGCAUGACAUCAGUGCUUGGGCCCACCAAUUGGAACUUCGCUGGCCUCGACAGCAAGCCGGACUCGGAGGCAGAUGUCGACAUUGCCAGCGACGUUGCCCAGAACGACGGGUCAUCUGUCAACGGCGAAGUGUUCCAUGGUGACCUGGACUCGCUGCUGCCUGUUGAGCCCGGUGCCGAGUACGCCGCGUCCUCGGAACCCGUCUCACAGUUCGCCGAAUAUGAUGACCCGCCUGCCCCGUCGGACGAGCAGCAGAAUUACUUGGGCCAGAUUGCGGUGGAGACGUGGGAUCGAAUCCACAAAGUCCCUGCUGCCGGCCUAGGAGACGACCAGGGCAGCGAUAAGGUCGCUGAGAUACAUGUCGGCGACGCCGAAGAGCAGGCGGUGGCGCUGCCGUCGACCGGGAAGCCGCAGGCCUAG